UCAGCCUUUGUUCUGCCAAUAAACGUAACCAACCCCCAGACACUUCCUUUUCUGUACCCCAAGGGAGAAAACGGCGAAGAAUCUCCAGAACUCGCCGCUCCUUACGCCUCUACGUGCGUCCCCAGCAGCUCUGCCGUCCUCGCGCACUCCUCAUUGGCCUGUCGGCCGCGUUCUCCGCGUCGAUCGCGCUUAAUUCGCGCCUCCAGGAGCUCCAAACGACGAAGAGAAACUGUCAUUUUUAAACGUUGAAGUCGCUAAAACUUAAAUUUUAGACUGUAAUUCCUCAAGUUUAAGACAUGGAAGCCGUGCGCAAGCGUCCGCAACGCGCUAGAGCCGCCAAGAAGCAGCAGCAAGAGAAAAUUAUAGCAUUAAGUUUCAGUGAGGACGACGAAGACGCCGCAGUGCAGGCCGCGAUCGCCGAUCUGGACUCUGAAACGACAGACACGGAGAUCCGACGCAAUGAGGAGGACCUAAUGGCCUUAUUACGAGACGGAGAGAUGCAGCAGGAGCCUCUGGUAGCGGAAGGAGCAGGCUCGGAACCCCCCAACAAUCAUAAUGACCGGGGAGACAACGAUGACCGGAAAGUCGCAGGUGGAGAGACUUUAACCAUCCCUCCGGUAGUAAAUGGCGGGACUGAUGCUGCUCCAUCAGCUCCAGUAUUUGAAGAAGAAGGAGAGGGAUUAUUUACCCCACCAGAGCAGUUGCCAUUGCAGCCGAAGCCUAGCGCGCCAUCUCCGCCAAUACGGACGACAAUGCCGCGUGCAUUCCAGCAGAUUUCAGUGCCUGCCCCCUCUGUAACUGAGACGAUAUCGCCGUCUGCACCCCCGAGUUUCGAGGAUGAGGUGGAGGUACUGGAUCACUCGAGUACAACUCCGUCAGCACCGUCACUGUCGCCUACAGCGUCCAAGAAACUGCAUCGCAUGGUUGCGUCACCGAGAAAUCCAGAGAAAUUGACUCCUGUGGUGAGAGUGCCGACGAAAUCAGUGGCUGAAGCGACUGUGGAAGGUGCGAGUGUAGCGGUGCGGAGUUCUUUCGCUAAGUCUCGGCAGGCCGAGAAAGAGGCGGGCAAGCACAGUAUUUACCCGUCGAUGCCGCGUGAAGUGAAGCCAGCAGAGUCGGCGAAGGAGGCUGGAGAAGCAGCGCCAGCAAGUUACGAGCAGCUGCUGAAGAAGAAGUAUAUCCGUGUGAAGCUGGAGCCUUUUAUCAACUACGAAAUGAACUUGAUGCGAGCCGAGGCGUCUCAGAAGCGCCAGGAGAUGAAGAUGCGGCAUAUCGAGACCAACAAGGGCGAGCUGUAUGCACGGAUAGAGCGCUACUUGUUUUCCGAGUACAUUUUACACAAUGCGGCGUCGACCAUGGAUGAGUACAAGAAGAAGAUCGACGUACUCGUCAAGAAAGUGUGGACUUUGGAGAAGAAGCGCGUAUCUUCGUCGAAGCGCUGUGGUGACAACGUGGAGAUUGAGCAACAAAUGGAGUUUCAGACUGCGAAGCUGGAGAAUUUACAACUUGAGAGACUGAAGACUCAUCUGGAUAAGUUACGACAACUGCGAACGGUGGAGGCGUCGAUCCAUACUUUUGAUCGAGCAAUCUCUUACUUUCACGUGGAGCAGUACCUGAACAGUGUGUUGCAAGAGCCGAAUCUAGUCGGGUUCCUGAACAAAAUGAGCUCGUCGUGUGGCGGCAGCAAUGGCAUCGACGACUUGGAUCUUGUUCCGGAAAGUGCGAAUUUCUACGAGGGGAUCCCUCAGGGUUCUCCGCUUUCUACGUCGGUGGAUCACUUGAAAUACUGUUUAGACGUGCUGAUUUUCUUCGAGAAGAAAGUGACACUGGGAGAAGAAGGAGUCUUUGGACUCGUUCCGCAGUCAUUUUAUCGUGGCGAGCUAGUCUGGCACAAUACCCAUGCCAAGAAUCAUUACAGCGCUGGUGGGAUGGAGCGGAAGAUCAAGUGUUACGCCUGUGGAAGCUUGAAUGCUCCCAUGAAGUCCAACCAGUGGUGCAAAUUGUGCGAAAGCUGCGACGUGGUGCUGUAUAUCCCGCCAUCGUCUGUAUCAACAAAGUCGAACGAGUGGUUUACGAGUGUGCUGCGGUUCCGGCAGUCAUUACAGAAGUGGAUUUCUACCUGUAUGCAGAGUCUUAUGCGCACAAAGGCUCUACAAAAUAUGCCGUAUCUCCUGAUGCACGUGAUGUAUUUACCUCGGAUCUCAACGGACGAGAGAUCGUGGUUUCUACGCUUCCUUCAGUUCCCUCGUGCGAUGGUAAGAACUGAUGGAUCGCUACGCAAUGAGUGGAGUGAAGAUCUUGUGGAUCAUUACAUUGCGAUGCUGCAUCUGGUGUUUCAUCCCGAAAAAUUACGCAGAAUGUCAGUUAUUGUGUCCAGCGGACCACCCAAUGGAAAUAAAGCAGCGAAAAGUGCAGAGGUCGGUGUAGCCGAUAACAAAGGGCUGGUCUCGCCUGAGUGGGUGCUGCUGGAGAAUCCAGAGAUGUUGGACCGGUAUUUCCUCUCGGACGAAGAUUUCGUGGCUGUAUUGAAUCAGUUUCCCAACACGUUUGCGUUCGGACAGUUGUUUAGCUGCACAUCGGACGUGAAGAAGUGUUUCAGUCGCGCAUUAACGCUGGUUGUGGAGCUAACGCACAGCUUACGGGCAUUUCAGGAGUUUGAGAAGCUGCCGACGCGAAUCGCGCAACUCUUAGGCCAGUUGUUGGCUGAUGCGGCGGAGCUCCCUGGAUCAGGUCGACCGACUGAUUCUAGCUUGAAGGACGCUGUCUUCUAUCCAACACUCUUCGAUCAGUUAUUUCUUACGAGUCUGCAUGGUCUGAUGGCGGCUGAUUGCAACCGUGUGGCUUGGAGAAGUUUGAGUUUAUUUCCUUUCGGCUCGUUAUCAGAAUUGGCGAAGUGGGAUGUGUUGGCUCUCCUGCUAUUUAACCUCCAUAGUCUACCACUGGAGGCGAAAACGGCGUCUGGGUGGAUGCAGUUUAUCGGCAAGCCAACGUCUCAAGGCGUGGAUACGAAAGCAUUGGCCCGUCACCAUCUUUAUGACCUUAUCGAGUCCGAUACAGAGAGCGCUAUGUAUUUGCUGAACGCUGUGGCUAGUCUUGCUGCAUCAUGCCAGUCGGGAACUUCAGGCGAGCGGCAUGAUCUGGUGUCUGUCGCAGUGCACGAGUUGUUCAUGGCAGGGUACACAGUGGAGCCGUGCCAACAAGCUCUAGGUGAGAAUGGAGAGCGGGCUGCUGGACCUCUGAGCACAAUUUGUUUGGCGCAUCCGUGGGUUCUUUCGCUUCUGAUCACGCUUCUGUUCAAGUUCCACGAGUGUGCAGCCACGUGGAUUCACAUCUUUGAGACGUUCCCGAUUAAUCGCUGGAUGCCUACACCGCAGGAUUUGUUGAAUCUACAAGAAUGGCUGCUGCUAGAAGACACUACUGCACCACGUAGUGCUCUGGCGCGUUUUCUGUUGGACCACAUCAAUUGGGAGUAUGAUGUCAAGUUGCAGCGGUUGUUUACAGACGCAAUGCUGCAUCGUCAGGUAGCUCUCAUGGUCGCGGAAGCUUUAGUACUCUACAAGACGAGGAAGGAACGAGCAAGCGAUCCAGAGUCUGCUAUUGUGUUGUCCGGAGGAGGAUCCCCACAGAAACUUGAGGUCACUUCCAUUGCCAAGUCGAUACGUCGCGCGUUGUGGUUGGGCGAGACUGUAGAUUUCGAGAAAUGGUGCUGGAAACUGAUGCUGAAGUUGCGGUUUUACUCGCCGAAGACGCACGAGCCGUUGCUGCCGCUCAUCGACCUUCGCCAUGAUCGUUCAAGGGAAGCCUUGACUUUGCGUCGAUGGUUUGCUGGCGCCUCAGUGCUGCGAGUACUUCCCUCUCGUAAAGUUUUCCCAUUUUAUACUUCACUGGAGGAGCAGGUGGCGCACUAUGGAGCCGGCGAUAGUGAUAGACGUAGUACAGCAGAGGCUACGAUUGGCGGGAGUACCGGUGCUCCAAUUCAGCAAGAAGCGCGACUGCUUCUGACGCCUCAGAAUCCGAGAGGAAUGGACAUUGAUUCAACAAUUUCAGCCACGGCAGCCCCACGCACGGAGCCGAUUGUAGCCUAUGUGAUCUGCCAGAUGACGACGUUUGUGUUCAGUGACCGUCUCGAUCGUUGGGAGCCAUUGCUAGUGUUGCUGAAGAGUGAGUUCUUCCCGGCUGCUAUCAAGGUGCUCGAGAACUUGUUCCCGAUCUUAUCUCGAAUAGAUAAGAUGAAGGAUUGCCCAGCAGAAAGCGAGAGUGAGUCCAAGACGGCGACUUCAAACAGUGAGGACGACGGGGAGACCGCGUUAUCGUCUGAGGUGGAAGCUGAGGAAAAUGGUGGUGUGGUUGUGGAACUGGACAAUGAGUUGGAGGUGUGUAUGGCAGCAAUGCAAACCCUAUCGACUGACGAGUUGUUGAGUCUGUUGAGCGCUUUGCAUGAGUUCUCGUACAUCAACACAGACGAGCUUCAUCGCAUGCAAGAGGUGCUUAACAAGGGCUACAUCGGCGGAUGGGAGAGCACGGCGAAAGAGCGGAUCUUGGCGAAACUUCGCUUUGUGCGUGAAUGCAGUCGCUACUUGCACCCAGUGGUGCUCCCCGCUCUCAUUAACGAGUGCUUCCCGCAGUCCAGUCCAGUAUCGGUCACUACAUCAGCUUUAUUUCACGGUGCUAUGUCGUGGAUUUCGUCGGCGCUGGGCGGAGAGAACAGUACAGGAGCGUUGUCGCCGUCAGCUGCUUCAUCGACUAGCGCAGCUUUAUCGAUCCGGAAUUCUUCGCUGACUGCGACGACGGCGUCUCUCGCGAUGAUAUCAGGCGGUGAGUAUUCCACGUCAACGAAAGCCUUGUGCGCUUUGAUCCGACGCUCCUUUGAGUACUCUGUAGACGACUCGUCUCUCACGCAGUCGAUGAGGUUUUGGGUGAAGGCGUUGCUCCAAGUUCCGUUCUGGUACGAGAAUGCUGCGUUCCGACAUGUCCUGGACGUUAUGUUGCACUGCAGCAUGGAGAGCUCGUAUGAAUCUGCGCUGACGAAGAACAGUGCGAGGAAUGAUGCAUCUGUAUUGUACGAGCUGGUGGCUCUGAUUGAAGCUGCGUUCGACGUGUAUUGCCAGCGGAUUGCAAGGAGAGAAGAAGAUGCAGGACAACCAGAGCAGCAGUUCCUCGAGAAUGAGUCCGUUGUUGUCAUGAGUUUCCUGCCGGCGGCUGCCUCAGCGACGUUUGCUUCAAUAUUUGGAGGCUCAUUCGACGUGGCGCAGUACAUCAGUGGCUGUCCUUAUCUGGCGCUGUGGACCUUGCUUAUUGAAACAAGGAAAGAAGUGCCGCUGUUCCUAGCGAUGGGGCAACUUAUGAUAAAAUAUGAGCCGAAAACGAUGAAGAAGUUGGAGAAGAUGAAGAAGACCGAAGGGAGACUUGGUGCUGCUCUCAGUGCAGUGCGAGACGGGAAGAGUCUGGAUGACCAAGCGGAGGAAACGAUCUAUGAAGCUUCGACUGGUGCUUCUCGUAUUGGUAACCCGUUAACGUUUGCUCACACGAGUCUGGACUCUCUGUCCCAGUACAAAAUCUAUCGCUGGUGUAAUUACUGUCUGGAUUUACCCGAGUCGGAGCCAACGCAAAUCAUCUACUGGCAAGUGUUUUUCGCGCUGUACUUCGCCACUGCUGGAGGAUCUCAUGUCUUCGGCCAUCACUUUCUCGAUCGUACAGGACGUAGAUCCAAGCGUGUGCAUUUGCGGAAACAUCUUCAAGUUAAACUGCGCAAACUCGUGAAUUACUGCUCGACUCAAGCCCAAGUGGUGCUCACUGCCACGAGUGGUUCUGGUCAUGGUGCUUCGAGUGGUGUGGGUUUGGCUGGGGAGUUAAAGGAACGGAAAUAUGCUCAUUACGUUGCGCUUUCUCAGCUUUACACUGCUAUGGACGCGUGGAUGGAAGAAAAGGAUCCGAACCAGUGGCUUAAGGAAGAAGAACUCUCGGGUUUACCUCGUCACUACGAGGUGGAGCGACUCAAAGACGUCUUGCGUCUCAGUGAUGCGUUGCUGAACCCUCAUACCGAUCACAUGAACUGGUCGGACUUGCCGCUGUGGACGAAUUGGUGUGGAUUUGAGUUCACUUUGAGACGAACAACGCCUAAAGUAAGUGUGAGCGACGACAACGACGACAAUACUGACACUGUGGCACCAUCGUUGUCAACACCGCUCGCUUCAGUUGGUGAAGAAGACGACUUUGCGUUUGUGGAAGAAGCUUCGGAACUGGCAAGAAGACACAGCAGCUUUGGAGGGCUUGCAGGCUUGAACAGCCUCACUAUCCGGCCGCUACCUUUACUGCCGGAACUUUGCGGGCCCUCAAGCUUAACACAACUUCCGACAGUGUCUGUUGUCAUCUCGAAGGAUCGGUGUGUCAUCAAUCCAUCGAUUCCGCUGAACAAGGCAGGAUUGAAGGCCGUAGCUAUGAAAUUCUCGGAGAAUUUGUCUGUACUGGUGGCGCUGGACUCUGAAAUGGUGGAUAGUGUCUCUCAGCUGUACAUCAGCAAGGCAAGGACUGUGACGCAGAGUUUGCCAUGCCCAGAAGGAACGAACUGCAGCUGCCCAGCGGCUUUCAAGUUUGAGUUUUUGGAGUGGAUGAUGGAUUCCCGAAUGGACGACACGAUCCAGUCUAUACGUGCACAAGGAGAACGUUGUGAUAUGCGAUCAAUGCUGGUGACGAAUGUGAUGUCUUCGUUAAACGAUUACGAUGAAAAGGACGGCGUUGCUGUCUCAACAGCACUCGCAGCUGAGCAAUUCCUGCAGCUUGAUGGAGACGGAUUUAUGCUGUCACUUCAGAUUUUGCUGAUUGAUCAAGUUGUGCGCUCUUUAGGAAUGGAACAUGAGAAGUUACAGCGUAGAAAGAAGACAUUGGAAAAUGAAGCACCACGGGAAAUGCCGAAGAUCGAAGAAGCAGUUGAAGACAGCAAGGGGGAAGAAGAGAACGCUGUAGAGAAUGAAGAAGUUACACCUAUCCAGACGACAGAGCAGGAGAUGGAGCGCUUGCACAGCGAGGGACUCGAGUGGUUCCGUCUGCUUACAGAACUGGACACUAAACUAUCACGUAUGGUUCCUCCGUUACGAGAAGCUUUGUGGCGGUCGAUCAAGCAAUUGGGAUUGAAUUUUGUAUGUAUCGAUGAACGCGAGACUUGUACUCUGCUACAACUUAUGCUGGAAGACCCAUCUCGAAUUAACUUACUGAGCGAGUGUUUCUUCCCAGCUGCUGCUCCCUCCCGUUUUGUGGAAAUGUUUGCCAAGCUGAUGAGUGCAAGCAGUUCGUCCAAGCUCUCGAGUGAAGAGAAGCUCACUCUGCUGCGUCGAUUUGAUUUCCACGCGUGGCUGCAGACAAAGAGUCCAUUGACGCCUACAAAGUUUGAUCGCGACACGGUGUUGUGCAUGAUCUUGGGUGACAUAAGCCAUCAGUUCCCUGCGGACCGCAGCUUGGUGGAUACUGGUCGAAAAGCGAAGGACACGACAGCGUCCAAGCAUUUGGACGAAGUGCUGCGUGUGUACGCGAAGGUUCUUCAGUUGAUCUGCUCGGCUCAUCUGGAAGACCAUGUUGAAAAGAUGGUACACGCUCUAGUUGGCGUCCAUGAUGACUACAGAUUCCAAACGUCAAGUGUGGGGAAUGGAGAGCAGUCGUCAUCUGCUAGUGGCGAUGAUUCCAGUGCGUCAGAGCUGACAGCGUUACCUCGUCCGGUGGAUGCUGUGGUUUGGGAAGCUCUGGUGGGGAUUCCAUUGGCUACUUGGAAAGAAUUACCGGUCAUGCAGGUCGAGACGUGCGUAAUAUUCUUGAGUCAGCACAUGACGUCAUUGCGAUGGCAAGGUGGGAUGUCUUCUGGCAGUAGUUCGACGGCUGGUGAGGUGCUGAGAGGGAGGGAGACACCAAGUGCGUCUUCUGUAACGAACUACCCGAUCGUGUACUGGCAGCGUCUUGGCGUGCUCAAGAGCUUCUUGGACUUGUUCACGCUGUGCUGUCGUGUAGCUCCUGAGCAACAGCAGUGGGCAUUGAUCACUGCAUUCUUCGAGCCGCUGCUUUCGACGUUGUACCAGCCAGCUACGAACACUGACGGCUCGGCGAUCAGUGCACCUUGGUCAGAGCAAGACACGCUCUCAACUGGAACCACCAUCUGCUCUUGCUUUGUUGCUACGUGCUCCGAGUACCUCAAGAGUCAACCACAGACUCGAGCGAUGGUCACAAGCAGCAGUACGGACGCGGGGCUGACUCAAACUGCAAAACUGUCCCAGAUCUGGUCUUUCUACUUGACCGUGCUGGUUCCUCAUGCUCCCACCCACAUCUGCAAGCACUUCCACCAGUUUGUGACGCGGUUGGCAUGGGAGCACUGGUGUCUGACACUGGAGAUCGUCCAGCAGAUGCGAGAGCUCGUUCAGACGGAGAAGAAGCAACUCACUGGAGCGACAGCGGGUGCGAGUGACCGACUGGUUCCACCGCUAUACUCCACAUUGUCUCCGUAUCCGUAUGUGUCGUGGCUCGUACGUGAUGUCCUGUGUCGUACAACGUGGAAGUCAACUGACGCGUGGCUGGAAGCUCAGAGCGAGAGUGUCUGUUCCUCGUUCUUGCUGGAAUUCGCCAAGUUGUGCGUGGAGUUGGUGCUGGACAUGCCUCACUUCCAAGUAAAGUCUGGCCACGCGGCGUCGACGAACGUUUUGCCUCCGUAUUUCGUCAACUUCAUCAAGCAACAGUCCGUGUUUUGGGCCAAGUGGAAGAUGACGACAACAGACUUGGAGACUCUACAGCAGUUCACAUUAGAAGCGCUGAAGGAGCCUCUUGGACGGAACAGCCCAGAUCUGGUGUCUGGUGGGCCUUUCCCAGCUACUCCGAGUGCUGCGAUGAUGCAGGACGCGUUCACGAGACUUCAGUUGGUUCUUCGCUUGUGUGGCCAGAUCACGACACUGCAUCACGACAAACUUCCCAAGCCAGAGAGUUUGCAACGUGUCAAUCUCUUCUUGAAGCUGCUGUUCGGAGUGUUUGAAGUGAACGAUCGAGGCUGUCUCGAUGGAAAUCGAUACACUUCUGAACAUGCGGCAUGGCUGAUGGUUUUAUAUGGAGCCAGCUGCACGGCGUUGUACGAGAAACUGGACGAGAUCGUGCACUUCUACAAGCCUGAGAACGGUAAGGAAAGCGGAAAUGACAGUGUGGAUGUGUCGAAGGAGGGAGUCUCGGAAGAAGACUUGACAGCUACGAUAGAAGCUGUGCUGCGCUUCUGUAAUUUAUCGUUGGUGGAGGUUUUCUUCAAGCAGAUGCAGAGCAGUCCAAAGGCUAGUGGAGGCGGUGCGAGUUCGUCUGGUAAUAGCGCGUUGAACUGGAACAAGUGUGGCAAUGUGGUGUUCGUGGAGAUCGACGCUCUGGUUCGCGACUUUGCGUCGAGUCAGAAGGCGCUGCAACAGCAGAGUAGGACUCAGCAGGCUUCGGACUGUACUGGCAGGGACGAGAGUUCAAGUGAUACGACGGUGUCUGCUACGCAGUCUCCAGCCGAAGCUAUCGGCACUCCACUUGGAAAGGUGUUGUGGAGUUUCUUGGCCUUCCGAGGUGGAGAGUUGGCGUGCUUGGCUGCGUGUGGACGAGCGCUGGCUUCUGUCCACGUGAUGAGUCAGGUAGCAGAGAAGAGCAUUGAAAAGUGGAUUAUCGAGGAACGUAAGGGCGUGUGGGAUGCAUUGGCGUUGCGAUUGCAAGUACCAGAGCUCAGUGGGGACGAAUUCGAGGCCGCAUGCUUAGAGCAGGGCAAGCUGUUGACUCUCCAGGUUCUUUUCCUACAGCAGCUACGUCGCGCUCCUGUAUUAACCGAGUCGUUGAGUCUGGCGCUGCUGACGAAACUCAUGAACUGGAUGCAGCGUGCUCGAGUCGGAAGGAGUGCGUUAGCGCAGAUGAAGCUGCUGUUCCUGGCUGCUGAAGCGACCAACUUCGUGUGCAAACCUCUGGCGGAGGUGCUCCCGUCGACGCUGAAGAAGCAGAUGCUGCGCCAACUGUGCGAUCUUCUACUGGAACUAGGCCAUGCACGUCGUAACAAUGGCAUCAUGAAGGCCAUCGGUCUCGGUGGAUCGCUGCAAUAUGGAGUAGAGUUCCACGUCUCGUGCUUGGCGGCAGGUGUGUUUCUACGACUACAGACUCGGAAUGGCGCGCCGUUGCGAGUGGAUGAUCGGAUUCCAUUCAAGAUGACUCGCACGACGGAGAAACACUUGAAGUCACUCGAGACAAUGCUGCAGAGUAAAGACGCGUUCCAGCUGGGAAGACGAGUGGAUGCGCUAGUGGACUUUGCUCGAGAUCCGCGUCGAAGUCUUGCAGACCAGGACGAGUUCUUUGUCACACUCUUCUCGAGUAUGUAUCCAGCUCAAGGCUGGCUGCUAGCGAAAUGUUUGCCAUAAAAGAUUAAUAGAAAAAAUAGCGUAGUAAUUAUAAGGAGAAAGGAAAUCGGAAGAGAUAUCAGCUAAAAAAAGUGCUUAAUGCAUGUACAUUUUUCGACGAACACAAACAUGAAAAUUACGAUGGUUUCGGUUGACGG